AACGCGCACGUUCCCACGUCUUUCAUCCAUUCACCUGCCAACCGUAAUGUGUAUUUAUUCGCUUCUCUAGCACCCGGUCGGUACGGUAGAGUUAGACGGAGAGAGAGAGCGGGAGAGAGGGGGAAAUCAAGCCGCAAGACGCGAGACACAAGCAAGUUAAUGGAUAGAGCGGAGAUGACAGCACUGAGUAGCACGAUGACGGUGUGAGACGAGUCCAGUGGGGGAACAAAGGCACUAUCGCGUCAACGGGUUGACGACGUAGAUGCAAGCACAUCCGCUGCCGAGUCGUGUAGCCACGGGGCGAACGCAUCACGCAACAUUAUCGUUUAUGGGCUGCGGCCUGCUGGCUCGGCGGUCCACAGCUUCCACCGUUUCAACCCAGUCGUCAUUGGGGCAAUGCUAACGAGCCUUUCCCGGAAGAUAUUGGGGACUACGUCGGGACGCGGGCCGCUCGUCGACUCUAUCGGCAACUGAUGACAUUGUGCCGGCCUGUCUUUCAUCGGGUCGCCGCUAGCCAUCUUUACGCUGAUUAUUUCCGCAUAUUUUCGGAUAUUAAGAUAUGUUUUUCGCGUGAGGUGCAAGUGGGAGUACACACCUCCACAGGUUGUGUUUACUGGGAGAAUACAUCGGUCCUGUUAGCAUCACCUGUCGCUGGCGUUGAUCCUUGGCAAGCUUAGGUGGGCUUUCAGCAAUUCACUUCCCCUUAUCACGCGAGCGCUCUCGGCCUGUCUUCUGUUACCAUUUUGGGGGGACCCGCUGGAUUUUGAUGAGCGCGUACCGUUGUCUCGACGUGCCCGUUCAUCUGCUGCGCUCAGCGUGGUCUGGAUUACUCUGGCUGGUGUAUGGUACUGAGGAGGGAGAAGUUGUCCACAGCAUGUCAGCUCCGUCACCGACCUCCAAGCAGGUGGAAGUCUGGCUUCAGGAGAACCAGGAAUGGUUUGAGGACUACUUCUUGAAGAACGGCUCCAAGAAAUUAGUCCAAAAGUGGAUCGAAUCGCACAAGGGGGAGAUGAUCGGCUCGGGCCCUAACAACUUCGGCUUGAAGCCGGCCCUGUCGCCGUCCACUCAGCGACGCGUCACGUACGCCCAACUCAGCAACAACAAGAGUCGCACCAACUCGCAGAGCGAGGAAAAACCGGAUAAUAAUAACGAGGAAGUUAAUCCCAUUAGGCCGCGAUCCGGCUCGAGACAGUACCUCAGGCAGGACUUUGCAAAGGCCAGGUCUAGAACGUUGUUCAAUACCUGGGCCUCGCCGUCCCCUGCUGGUAUGGAUAACGAGGACCAGGACCAAGACACUGGACCCACCUCACCCCGGGACCCAAGCAACUGCAGGAGGGGUCAGCUGAGACGUGCUUCCACGGUGCCACCAGAGAGACACUCUAUCAGCAUGCUAAGCCUCCUGCUGGAGCCUAAGGUGCGGUUGCCGCACCGGACCAGCAUCACCAAUGAGGCUAAGCUGGAGCUGCGCUCCACGGACGAGAGGCAGUUCUUCCUUACCUUGGUCAAGGACAUCUCCCACGACCUGGAUUUGGACAGUCUCCGCGACAAGAUCACCACCAAUGUCGGGAUCCUGGUCAACAGUGAGCGGACGUCGCUGUUCCUCCUCGAGGGGCCCAAGGGCCGGGAAAUGCUGGUCUGCAAACCCCAUCGGCUGGCCUACGAGAGGGAGUUUAACAAUGGGGGCAAGGGAGUGUCUUGGCAGGACGGGGGAAUUAUGCUUUCACCCGGUGAAGGGUUUGUCGGGCGAGUGGCCGAGACCGGACAGACGCUUCGGAUUGAAUCCCCGGGAGAGAUUUCCCAUGUCAAAGACGUCGAAACGCUGAUUGGUCUGCAAGUUCGGUCCGUGUUGUGCCUACCAAUCAGAAACAGUGAGGAUGACAUCAUUGGUGUGUGUCAGGUCAGCAACAAAAUUUUGGGGUCAAAGUUCACCGAGCACGAUGAAAAGUUGAUGGAAACCUACUUGACCUUUUGUGGGAUAGGAAUCAACAACGCUCAACUUUUUGAGACAUACAUGAAGGAAUAUGACCGGAACAGGAAACUUCUGGAGGUAGCGCACGACCUGUUUGAGGAGCAAACAUGCCUGGAUAACGUGGUGCAGAAGAUCAUGCAGCGGGCCCAGUCCCUCCUGAAGUGUGAGAGAUGCUCGGUCAUGCUAGUCAAAGAUCCCACUGCUGAGACCAUUACCUUCUCCAAAGUCUUUGACCUCCCUUCCACCCUGCACAAUGGACACAGCAACAACACGGUGUGCAGUGGCGACGUCAAACUCUCCAACGGGAUCAUAGAGCACGUCGCUGCCACGGGCGACACGCUGAACAUCUACGACGCCCAGAACGACCCCCGCUUCGACAAGGAGCUGGACAAGGCCACCGGAUUCCACACCCGCUCCAUACUCUGCAUGCCCAUCCGAGACAACAAGUACCAGAUUAUCGGUGUGGCACAGAUUCUGAACCGGACAGAUGGCUUCCCUUUCGACGAAAAUGACGAACAGUUGUUUGAGGCCUUCACCAUAUUCUGCGGUCUGGGAAUCAACAACACACUGAUGUACAACGAGAUAGCCAAGGCCAUGGCCAGGCAAAAAGUGGCACUGGAGGUCCUGUCUUACCACGCCUGCAGUACCUCCCGGGAGGUGGAGGACUUAAAGAUUUCACGGCUGCCGCAGAUCCAAGCCCUUGGAAUGACGAGAUUCGAUUUUGAUGACUUCAAAUUGGACACGGACGAGAUGGUUAAAGCAUCCCUGAGACUGUACAUGGACCUUGGGCUGUUGCAGAAAUUCAAGAUUGACCCUCUGGCCAUGACUCGGUUUCUGCUGACAGUCAGGAAGAAUUAUCGCCCCGUUGCCUACCACAACUUCAGACACGCCUUUAACGUUCAGCAAGCAAUGUUUGCCGUACUGCAGAACACCAGCGUUGUCCACUACCUGACUGAACCAGAACAGCUGUCCCUGUUGGUCGGCUGCCUGUGCCAUGACUUGGACCACCGAGGCACCAACAAUGCUUUCCAACAAAAGAGUCAGUCACCCUUGUCUCAGCUGUAUGGUUCCAAGGCUACCAUGGAGUAUCAUCACUUCAACCACACAGUCAUGAUUCUCAGUAGUCAGGGUCACAACAUCUUCGCCAAUAUGCCGGCCGAGCAAUACAGUGAGGUCAUGAACGUCUUGAAGCACGCUAUACUGGCCACGGACUUGGCAUUACACUUCAAGGUGAGAAGCCAAUUCUUUGACUUGGUGCGAUGUGGCCGACAGAACUGGCGGACUCCACAGCAGAAGGAAUUACUCAGGGGAAUGUUGAUGACAGCCUGCGAUGUUGCUGCCAGUACCAAGCCAUGGCGGAUACAGCACAAGAUUGCCGAGUUGGUGACGAGUGAGUUCUUUGACCAGGGUGACAAGGAGAGGAAUGAAUUGAAGAUUGAACCCACGACCAUGUUCGACCGAAAUCGGAAGGACGAGUUACCACAAAUGCAACUGGGCUUCAUCGAUGGUGUAUGCUUGCCACUCUAUGAAUCCCUGGUGAAAGUCUCCCCCAUGUUCACAACCAUGCUGGAGGGCGUCCGCGCCAAUCGGAAGAAGUGGAACGAGCUGAACGAGCAGCGCAAGCGGAAGAAGAGCACGUCGGAGAUUAGCAAGAUGAACAUCUGCUGAAACCGGGUGUUGUUCUUUAUUGCGGGGGGAAGGAGAAACCCGUUCAGUACAGCACCGUCAGGAUCCAGCAAGCAGGCACUGGGAGUCUCCAAAGUGGGGCGGCUCUUCGGGCCAGAGUUUGACCCCGACAUUGCUGUGGCAGUAAUUCUAGAAUUAAUCCAGCAUUAAACAGCCUGCAUGUUUGCUGCGCGUGCGUUGAGGGUGACGCAUACUUGUUUCAAUUCAUCUCUCGUGUUUAACUUGAGGGGACUGAACGCGAGUGGCAUGGGCAGAAAGAAUGUGAGACAUCGAUGCAGGCAUGACGUCACCAUUGUAAUAAAUCAACAGUAUAUUGCCAGUUGUCACGUUUCUACCCGAAAAUACCAGCACAGAGGGAGUAGAUGUACACGUACAUGCACUCUUGAACUCCCAAGCCGUUUCUAUGCCCAACACCUAUACACAGAGACCUUCUUUUGCCGUGGGCAGGCAUGUGGUGCAUCCCACACAGGGGAGCUCUCAUGACCAGCGGUACGUGGGGCGAGAUUUUGAAAGUGGGGCACAUGGGGUGGGGGACGGAGUUGGGGAACUCAGCAUCGGGGGGGGGGUGCACAAGUCACCACAGUCUGAGGUUGGAUGACUUUUUGUUUUCUAAUAUGCACAUGUUUUUCCUCGUCUUUUUUGCCACUUUGAGGAUGCGGAGGGAAAGGCUAAAAUGAAAAAGGAGGCCAGGAACGAACACUUCAGUUUGGUCUCUAAAUUGGAAAUUUCACUCCAUAUUCACAGAUUUCUCCUAAACAGGGCUGUGUAGUUUUGUAAUGCAAGGACUUUAAUAAGCUGACUGUCAGUGAAAAUGCACCAAUGGAUUAUUUUAAAAAAUCCACUCGGCUGUUUUUCUCUGAGUUGUGGGGAAAAGAUUAACCAGACCCUAGGCGUUGCAUUCACUUUAUGCCUAAGUGGUGAUAGUGUCUUAGGUACAACCAAAAGUGGUGUGCAGAUGUGGUAUACGUAGUGUGGACCUCUGCACAGAAGAAGUCCACACGAUGUAGAGUGCGAUGACAUCGUGUGGACUCACACAUGUCCACACAAUGUUUUCCCCUCUCUGAAAAACUGUUUCAGAGGCAUUUUGGGGUCAAGGUUAUCAGGG